GGGCUUCGAUUCCAAAGUUUUCUUUGUCUUUUUGCUUUUGUUACAACGGUGAUCGGUGAGCAUGAAAAAGAUAGCCCCAUAACAGCAGUGGUCAGAAAGACGCUAGUAGCCACUGCUCACUCCUGCAUGGACCAGAUCAACGCCACGGAGGCUGACCUGGAGUUCCUGAGAAGUGAUCCGCCGUACCCUGAGAAGGCUGCUUGCAUUAUUAAAUGCUUAUUGGAAAAGGUUGGCAUCGUAAAAAAUAACAAGUAUUCCAAAGCGGGCUUUAUGACCGCCGUCACCCCCCUGGUGUUUAGGAACAAGAAGAAAAUGGAGCAUAUGAAAACGGUAGCGGAUAAUUGUGAUAAAGAGAUUAACCAUCACGUAGUAGCUCCAUGUGAGCUUGGAAAUGAAGUUGUCACAUGCAUCUUUAAAUAUGCACCAGAAUUGCAUCUAAAAGCGUAA